AUGAGUGCCGUCUGCUCGAGCUACUACGGCGCUGAGAACGUGUUCAUGAACGGCUUCUCGUGUCCCAAAACCGGGAGUGACGCUAGUGCGGUGUUCUGUUGUGGAUUUAAUGAUAUUAAGUACUGCUGUGACGAUCCAAAUAGUUUUUUUCCUUACGAGUAUGGGUACAUGUGGUGGCUGAGUGUAGGGGCCCUGGUGGGUUUGUCCAUAGCGGCGGUGGUCCUUUUGGCCUUUCUCAUCACCGUCUGUGCCCUCUGCUACCUGUUCAUCGCCACCAAGCCCAGUCGUCUUGACAACGGCCUGCCAUUGAGAGCUCCAGUCAUAGUCCCCAGUGAGGGGCCCAGCAGCUCUGCUUUGGCCCCACCCACCAGUGGACCACAGGGCUUCAGGAAGCAUUUCAUGAGCAGGAAGUUGGACUGUGACAACCAGCCACCUGACCCUGAGCGUCUGUUCCAGAGGUGCUUCAUGGCCACUGUCACCACCGUGAAAAUGGAAGGUCCCUCAUAGGGCCCUCUGAGGAGGAUUACACACACACACACACGCACAC